GACUGACGUGUUUGUUUUCGGCCCAUGGGGCCAGGCUGGUCUGGGCUGCCGCCGGCGUCAUGUCAGACACAGACAGCGAUGAGGAUCCCGCCGGAGGAGGCCCGUUUUCUCUAACCGGGUUCCUGUUCGGCAACAUCAAUGGAGCGGGGCAGCUGGAGGGCGAAGGCGUCUUGGAUGAAGAGUGUAAGAAGCAUCUUGCAGGCUUGGGGCCUCUGGGUCUGGGCAGCUUGAUCACUGAACUCACGGCAAAUGAAGAACUGGCUGGGCCUGACAGGGCCUUGGUAGAUGAUGAAGGAUGGAUUCGGAGUAGAGAGGAUGCUGUGGACUAUUCAGACAUCAAUGAGGUGGCAGAAGACGAAAGCCAAAGAUACCAGCAGACAAUGGGGAGCCAAAGAUACCAGCAGACAAUGGGGAGCCUGCAACCCCUUUGCUAUGCAGCGGAUUAUGAUAAGAUGACUCUGAUGCUGAUGUGUGAAAAUAUUGAUUGCAAGUUCAUGCCUCCCCCACCUUCACCCCUAGGACCAGUGAAGGAAGAGGAUCAAGAUGGUAUUACUGAUGAGAAAGUGGACUUCAGUAGUUCCUCUGGCUCAGAAUCUGAGGUGGGACUUCAGGAAGCAACACAGGCAGAAUCUAAGGAUGGAAAGAUGACUCUACCAUUGGCCGGGAUUAUGCAGCAUGAUGCCACCAAGCUGUUGCCAAGUGUCACAGAACUUUUUCCAGAAUUUAGGCCUGGAAAGGUGUUACGCUUUUUGCGGCUUUUUGGGCCCGGGAAGCAUGUCCCAUCUGUUUGGAGGAAUGCUCGGAAAAAGAGGAAAAAGAAGCACCGUGAACUUGUAAAACAAGAUCAGAAAGGAUUAGAAGUCAACCAGAAAUCUCUGUGGAACUAUGACUAUGCUCCAACACCACCUCCAGAGCAGUGUCUCUCUGAUGAUGAAACCACAAUGAAGGCACCUGUGGAGUUCAAGUUCCAGGCAACUAGAAAAAGAAAGAAAGUGAUGAAGGCUAAUCAAAGAGUGGCAGAGUGGCGUUAUGGGCCUGCCCGGCUGUGGUACGAUAUGCUUGGUGUCCCUGAAGAUGGCAGUGGGUUUGACUAUGGCUUUAAAAUGAGGAAGACUGAGCUUGAACCUACAAUAAACUGCAACAUGAUGAAGAAAUUAAGGAAACUUGAGGAAAGCAAUGGCAUUGAUCUCCUGGCAGAUGAAAACUUCCUAAUGGUGACACAACUGCAUUGGGAAGAUGAUAUCAUCUGGGAUGGGGAGGAUGUCAGACACAGAGGAAUAAAACCUCAGCGUGCAAGUUUGGCAGGCUGGCUUCCUUCCAGUCUGACUAGGAAUGCUAUGGCUUACAAUGUUCAGCAAGGUUUUGCAGCCACAUUGGAUCCUGAUAAACCUCGGUACUCCAUUUUCCCCAUCGAUAGUGAAGAUCUGGUAUAUGGACGUUGGGAGGACAAUAUCAUUUGGGAUGCUCAGGCCAUGCCUAGGAUUUUGGAGCCUUCUGUCUUGACACUUGAUCCCAAUGAUGAGAACUUGAUUUUGGAGAUCCCUGACGAGAAGGAAGAAGCUACAUCUAAUUUCCCUUCCAAGGAGAUUAAGAAAGAAUCAACUAUGAGGAGGAGCCGAAUCCUCUUAGGAAAAACAGGGUUCAUCAAGGAAGAGCCACAGCAGAACAUGUCUCAACCAGAAGUGAAAGAUCCGUGGAAUCUCUCCAAUGAUGAGUAUUACUAUCCCAAGCAACAGGGUCUUCGAGGUACUUUUGGAGGGAAUAUUAUCCAGCACUCGAUUCCAGCUGUAGAAUUAAGGCAGCCCUUCUUCCCCACGCACAUGGGACCCAUCAAACUCCGGCAGUUCCACCGCCCACCUCUAAAAAAGUACUCCUUCGGGGCACUAUCUCAGCCAGGUCCACACUCGGUCCAGCCUUUGCUGAAGCACAUCAAAAAGAAGGCAAAGAUGAGAGAACAAGAGAGGCAAGCCUCAGGCGGUGGAGAGAUGUUUUUCAUGCGCACCCCUCAGGACCUCACAGGCAAAGAUGGCGACAUUAUUCUUGCAGAAUACAGUGAGGAAAAUGGACCAUUAAUGAUGCAAGUUGGCAUGGCAACCAAGAUAAAAAACUACUAUAAACGGAAACCCGGAAAAGAUCCUGGAGCCCCAGAUUGCAAAUAUGGAGAAACUGUUUAUUGCCACACCUCUCCUUUCCUGGGCUCGCUUCAUCCUGGCCAGUUACUGCAGGCAUUUGAGAACAACCUUUUUCGUGCUCCAAUUUAUCUUCAUAACAUGCCAGAGAGUGACCUCCUGAUCAUUCGAACAUGGCAGGGUUACUAUAUUCGAGAAUUACUGGAUAUUUUUGUGGUGGGCCAGCAGUGUCCCCUGUUUGAAGUUCCCGGUCCUAACUCCAAAAGGGCCAAUACACACAUCCGAGACUUUCUUCAGGUGUUUAUUUACCGCCUCUUUUGGAAGAGUAAAGAUACACCGCGGAGGAUCCGGAUGGAAGAUAUAAAGAAAGCCUUUCCUUCACAUUCAGAAAGCAGCAUCCGGAAGAGGCUAAAGCUCUGUGCUGACUUCAAACGUACAGGGAUCGAUUCGAACUGUUGGGUGCUGAAGUCUGAUUUUCGUUUACCAACGGAAGAGGAGAUUAGAGCCAUGGUAUCACCAGAACAGUGCUGUGCUUAUUAUAGCAUGAUAGCUGCAGAGCAGAGACUAAAGGAUGCUGGCUAUGGAGAGAGAUCCUUUUUUGCUCCCGAGGAAGAACAUGAAGAAGAGUUCCAGAUUAAGAUUGAUGACGAAGUUCGUACGGCUCCUUGGAAUACUACAAGGGCUUUCAUUGCUGCCAUGAAGGGCAAAUGUCUUCUGGAGGUGACUGGAGUAGCAGAUCCCACAGGCUGUGGUGAAGGGUUCUCCUAUGUGAAGAUUCCAAACAAACCAACACAGCAGAAGGAUGAUAAGGAGCCCCAGCCAGUGAAAAAGAUAGUCACAGGAACAGAUGCAGACCUUCGUCGUCUGUCUCUGAAAAAUGCAAAGCAGCUUCUUCAAAAAUUUGGUGUGCCUGAGGAAGAGAUUAAAAAGUUGUCCCGCUGGGAAGUUAUUGAUGUAGUACGCACAAUGUCAACCGAACAGGCUCGCUCUGGAGAGGGCCCCAUGAGUAAAUUUGCCCGUGGAUCAAGGUCUGUGGCUGAGCAUCAAGAGCGUUACAAAGAAGAAUGUCAGCGCAUCUUUGACCUGCAGAACAAGGUUUUGUCAUCGGCUGAAGUCUUAUCAACCGACACAGACAGCAGCUCAGCUGAAGACAGUGACUUUGAAGAAAUGGGAAAGAACAUCGAGAACCUGCUACAGAACAAGAAAACAAGCUCUCAGAUAUCUCGCGAGCGGGAGGAGAAGGAGCGCAAGGAACUCCAGCGGAUGCUGCUGGCUUGUAACAGCUCUGCAGCAGGAAACAGUCACAGAGAUGAUGACACAACAUCAGUGACCAGCCAUAACUCGCCUGCCAUUGGCCGCUGUCUCAAGAUUUAUCGAACAUUUCGAGAUGAAGUUGGGAAGGAGUAUGUUCGUUGUGAGAGAGUCCGAGAACCGGAUGUUAUUGAUGCUUAUGUACACAUACGGACCACAAAAGAUGAAGAAUUCAUUCAAAAUUUUGUCCUUUUUGAUGAGCAACGUCGUGAAGAGAUGCGAAAAGAACGGCGGAGGAUUCAAGAACAAUUGAGGACACUUAGACGGAACCAGCUGAAAUGUGGAGCAUGUGGUGCCAUCGGGCACAUGAGGACAAAUAAAUGCUGCCCCCUUUAUUAUCAAACAUAUGCUCCACCUUCUAACCCUGUUGCCAUGACAGAGGAACAGGAGGAGGAGCUGGAAAAGACAGUCAUUCCUAAUGAUAAUGAAGAACUUAUAAAGGUUGAAGGGACCAAGAUUGUUUUGGGAAAACAGCUGAUUGAGAGUGUGGAUGAAAUUCGUAGAAAAUCCCUGGUCCUGAAGUUCCCUAAACAACAACUUCCUCCCAGGAAGAAAAGGCGGCUUGGAAACACUAUUCACUGUGACUAUUUGAAUACACCUCAUAAAUCCAGCCAACGGCACCGGACAGACCCUAUGGUGACACUGUCUUGUAUCUUAGAGUCUAUCAUCAAUGACAUAAGAGAUCUUCCAGAUACAUACCCUUUCCAUACUCCAGUUAAUGCAAAGGUUGUAAAGGACUACUACAGAAUCAUCACUCAGCCAAUGGAUUUACAGACACUCCGUGAAAAUGUGCGCAAACGCCUCUAUCCAUCUCGGGAAGAAUUCAGAGAACACUUGGAACUGAUUGUGAAAAAUAGUGCAACCUAUAAUGGUCUCAGAGUUGAGCAUCAUGCCAAAUUGUAUAAAAGGGAAGAGUUCUUUAGUAAAUGUGUUGUGUUGGAAAUGUGUGGCAACUUUGAGCUCCCAUUCAUAAUGGCCAUUUCUUAUUCCUCUGUAGGGCCAAACCACUCACUGACUCAGAUUUCUCAAUCCAUGCUGGAUCUCUGUGAUGAGAAACUCAAAGAGAAAGAGGAUAAGUUGGCACGUUUAGAGAAGGCUAUCAACCCCUUGCUUGACGAUGAUGACCAAGUUGCGUUUUCUUUUAUUCUGGAUAACAUUGUCACUCAGAAAAUGAUGGCAGUUCCAGAUUCAUGGCCAUUUCAUCACCCAGUUAAUAAGAAGUUUGUUCCAGAUUAUUACAAAAUGAUUAUCAGUCCAAUGGAUUUGGAGACUAUACGUGAGAAUAUCUCCAAGCACAAAUACCAGAGUCGGGAGAGCUUUCUAGAUGAUGUAAACCUGAUUUUGGCCAACAGUGUUCAGUACAAUGGUGUUAGCAACUUUGAGCAGUGA